UUGAACACAACAACAACAAUAUCAUGGCCAAGAUGGGACAAAAACACAAAUUCAACAAUUACUUGGUUCAUCCAACCUCCUGAAGAAUACAAAGUUCCAAUCGUAAAUCAAUACAUAAAACUCACUGAGGAAUACGACAACAUGUUCUAUCAAACAAACACAGUUCAAGAAGGCGGAUUCGACAAAUGCGAGAAAUACAUUGUAGCUUUCUUCAAAGGUUUCAGUAAAGAAAACUUAGAAAACAAAGAAAAAUCUAUUACAAUGACUUUGUCUGAAAACAAGAUCAAUGUCACUUGCUCCUUCAAAUCUAUUAAAUGCACUGAUAAUCAAUUUGUUUGUGUAUCAGAAAAUCUCCAGACAUCGAUGGCAAGAAUCUGUGAAGUUACAGAUACAAAUGAAUUAGAUUACAUUCCUCGUUCCAAUGACUCAAAAUUUGGUUUGGAAGUAUUCGAAAGAAACAUUACACAUAACUUCAACCCUGAAGAAAUGUUCAUUCCGAACAAAGCAAUGCAGUACAUUGCAUCAGAGAAAGGCAGUGGAAUAUCAAUGCCUGGAUUGAUCAGAUUUAUAAUAACUGAUGGUCAAGACCAGAGAUUUAGACUCGAAAAAAGUGCUGGUUACGUACCAAGUUAUUCCUUGUUUUUCGUUAUUGAUUGCGCAGAAUCAUCAUCCGGAAUGCUAUCAAUUAAAUCAAUUAAAUCAACUGUACUAACUGUCUUCUCCCAAUGA